AUGUCCGCCUUUGACGCCAUGGACGUCGACGUUUUGGAGGCUGUUAAGCUUCCGUUCAGAGCCGAAGUGCCUCCACCCAGGGCUCACCUCAGAUUUGAGCCCUCACCGGCUCGUCAACCAAGAAAAGAAAGAUUGGUCCCAGUGCCAAUCGACAGAUUCGAUCUCCGGGUCGAAUUAUUCAAAUAUAGGCUGAAAAAAGCCGAAGAAAGGGUCCUUGAAAUGGACAUUGUAAGUUUUUUUGUACUUAUAAAUACUAACAUUUAUCAUAAACAUUGACAUUUAUUUAUCUAUCAGUGGUCUAAACUAAAGCGCAAUACCUGUUUAACUUACCUUUAUUCCAGGACAAUCAGGUCAAACGGCCGGAGCUAAGAAAAAAUGAGGUUCUCUGA